AUGGAUAUGGAUAUGGACUUGGAGAGGAUCAUUCAGUGCAUCAAACAAGGAGACCAGGACAGUGUCCAGAUACACCUGGACCACUACAACACUCAGUAUGCUGAAUGCUUCUUCUUCAAUAUUGAGGAGAGGGAAAGAAGAAAGUUCAGGAAGAACAAAAUGAGGGACUUUGUUCCCGACUCGGACUCUGAUUUCAACUCAGACUCAGAUGACGCUGAGGACCAGGAUCUCCUUCUCAGACGGAGGCUGGCUGCAGCCCUGGUCUGGUUUAUCCGUACCCAGCUCCAGCCGGGGGUUCUGAGAGUGACCCUGCGUACGCUACGUAUACUGUCCCGCGACCGGCAGGCUCUGGCGCCCCUGGUGACUGACACCGCCCUCCUCACCCUAGCCCACCUGGGCGGCAUAACCUCCCUGCCCAUCCCCGAAGGCCAGGAGGAAGACGAGGAGGAAGGUCAUUAUGCCGAGAGAGAAGAUUACGGCUAUGUCCUCGGUGACGUCAGUUCGGAUGCCUGUAAACAGAGCGACACAGAGGCCAGUGAUACAGAAACCUGCCAUGACAACCUGCGCUCUGUCUCCACGGAAACCUGCACUGCCGAGCACCACUGCUCUCCGGGUCAUGGAGCUCUGGUGCGCGGAAAGAAGGAUGCCCGGGAAGAGAUGGAUGAAGAGGAGGACAAAGGAGAUAAAGAGGAAGAUGACCAGGUGGGAAGGAGGGAGGCCCUGAAAGCCCUUUGUAAUAUAAUCUACAACAGUCAGAGGGCGCAAGAGAGGGUCAGCGCUCUGAGACUGCUCUCUGGUCUAUCUGACAAGCUGAAGCAGGGGAUCAGUGCCAAAGCUCUUCCCAGUGGUCAGUUUUAUGAACUACGGCUGCUCUUCCUGCUGACGGCUCUGAGACCAGAGCUCAGGGUGCAACUGCAGCAGGAGCGAGGGGUGUCCAUGCUGACUGCAGCUCUGGAGCAGUGUCUGUCUGCGCGGUGGGGGGAAGAGUACGAGGUGCUGAGUGACCACAGUGCACCCCCUGUCUCUAAGGAGGUGUCACAGCGAGCUGUGGAGAUCCUCAAGACCCUGUUCAACAUCACAUACAGCUUCCACAGACAGGAGCCAGACGAGGAGGAUGCAGCUCUCUAUCGCCGCCUGGCUGCAGUGCUACGUCACUGCCUGCUGCUGACCUGUGACGGAGAAGAACUCACUGAGGAGAUACAGGGGCACACAGUGAAUGUGCUCUCUGCCCUACCCCUACAAUGUCUGGACGUGCUGCUGUCUGUGCGUCUGACGGAGGGUUCACAGGAGUGGGAAGGGGUCAACAUGGACACUGUCCACACCCUACUCACCUUCAUGGAGAGACGCCUGGACAGGGGUCAGAAGUUGAAGGAGAAACUGACUCCAGUCCUGAAUCUGUUGACUGAGAGCUCCCGCGCGCACCGCGAGACACGCCACUACCUCAGACAACAGAUCCUCCCCCCUCUGAGGGACGUGGCCUUGAGGCCGGAGCAGGGGGCCACAGUGAGGGGACGUCUGGUGCGCCUGAUGACCCACAUGGACACGGACAUCAAGCACUGUGCUGCCGAGCUCCUCUUUGUGCUCUGCAAAGAGAACGUGAGUCGUUUUGUGAAGUACACAGGCUACGGUAACGCAGCAGGUUUGCUGGCAGCAAGGGGCUUGCUGAGUGGAGGUCAGGUGACCCACGCCCAGUACUCUAGCGACUCAGACUCUGACACAGAGGAAUACAGGGAAGCUAAGAGGCGCAUCAACCCAGUGACGGGGAGGGUGGAGGAGGAGCAGCCAGACCCCAUGGAGGGAAUGACGGAGCAGGAGAAAGAGCAGGAGGCACUAAGACUCAUCAGCCUGUUCAACAGGCUCUCACGGGACAAGAUCAUCCAACCCGUGGGAGUGAUGACAGGGGGGGGACUGGAGCCCCUGUGUGGUCAGAUGAGGGGGAGCACUGUGGAAGAGGUGGAAUCCGAGGGAGAGAGUGAGGAAGAGAGGGAAAAGUAG